AUGAAACUCGCGUUCAAGCGGUGGCCGGACACGCCGAACAAGACAUCACCCGAGGGGUACGUCUGGCUCGAGGCCAACGCGAGACGCGAGGACGUCGUGGUCCUGCCCUCCGGCCUGCAGUACCGCGUCUUGGAAGAGGGAACGGGACCCACCGGCCGCAUCACCAAGGACACGCCGUGUUCGUGCCACUACGAGGGUAAGCUCAUCGACGGAACCGUGUUCGACUCGUCCAUCAAGCGGGGUAAGCCCAUCACCUUCGCCCCGAAGCAGGUCAUCCGGGGCUGGACCGAGGCCAUGGGGAUGAUGCGGGAGGGCGACCGGUGGGAGCUCUUCAUCCCCGCGGAGCUCGGGUACGGCGGGAGGGGUUCGCCCAGCGGGAGCAUCAAGCCGGGCGACGCGCUCAUCUUCGAGAUGAAGAUCGAACGCGUCAACCCGUGA